AAUUGGUCAUGUGACUUGCAAAUUCACAACUCAACAAAAUGGCGACUAAAUUGUUUUGUUUUGGGGCGAUUGUGUUUGUUUUGGUCCCAUCUACAGUCUGCGACGUGUUUGACAGUAUAUUAGAUGACGUCUCUUCGUGCAAACAAGCCUGCAAAAAUACAUUCACGCCUCAUACUUUCGAAAAGAGUGGCAGUGAGGAAUGCUGUAACCGGGGAUGUCGGCUCUUCUCAAUGGUGGAAUUCAUCUAUGAUGACUUGAACACCACCACUGAAGUCUGUAUCAGUUCCUGUCAGGAGGCCUACACAGUCAAAGAUGACUUUGAGGCCUGUAAACUGGGCUGCCAGAGUCAGAAGCCUUUUGCAAUAGAACACCUGCUCGCGGAUGACCCAUGGGAGCAGCACAUUCAUCUGGUGGACCCCUUCUCCUAUCUACACGGUGUGUACAGCAGCAUGUUCAACACGAUUGUGAGCCAGGCAACCGUCAGCUGGACCAUGUACAUGAGCAACAGUGACGGCACAGUCAUGGUUGUCAAGUCACCGUCCCAGUACAAGGUCAUGAGCAUGGGGCCAGGUGGUGUGGACACGUUGAAUGAUGAUGAAAUCACCGCCAGCUUCAUCGAGACAAACAUCAAGCCUCUGGACAACUCAGCGACCCCCUAUCUCAAAACACACUCCUAUGGUGCUCAGCGUAAUGAUGAUGACCUGAUUCAUCUCUCUGCCCGUGACAUUGAUGCCAGCAUUGGUCCCCAUGACGACCACAUGGACUGGUUGUCGUGCGUUGCCACGAAGACCGGGUUGCCAAGGUUACUGCUAAGCUGGCUGCUGUUGAUGUGUGCUAUCGUUAUGAUCUGGCUGUGUCUGUCUGCUGCCGUUACUGCGCCUGAACAGAAGGUGUACACUGAGCCUAAGAAACUGAGCAUAAAUGGGGAUCAAGAAGUCAUUGCAGAGAUGCUGGCCAAGGGAGUUAAACCAUGCUACCCACAAGUGAGGCCAGAGUUGUCUUUCCUGCCCAUUAAGAUCAGUGUCCACAGGAUCUAGUUGGAUGUUAGUUCAGGCUCAUUGAAAUAAAGUCCCAACACUCUCGUUAAAUGAAUUUCUCGCUGUUAAACAUAUCAGCACCAUGCAAGAGGUUGGAAAUGAUUUUAAUUUGAUUUGUGUCUGGCAAAAACAUGAAAUCCUUUUUAUUAAUUAUUCAACUCAUUACUAUAAAGCACAAUUGGUCAUUUAAUGGUAUGAUGUAUUCACUGUAUGGAAUGUAUGAAGCUUUUCGCAUUACCUAGUCACAUGUGGGAAUUUUUGUUUUCUUGAUAUUUUUUAGAAUUACCAUCAAUUCAUUGUGUAUCUUUUGAGUAGGUGUGAAAUUGUGGGUAUAUAAAGUUUUGAAUCUCUCUUAUUUUGUACAUAUGUCAAAUACAGAUUGAUUAAUAUUAAAAUUGUUUAAGAAGGUGUUUUUUUCGUAUUAUUUGUUAUGUAUUGCAUUGAAUUCUAUGUCAGGUGGGAAAUAAAUCUAUUACAACCAAUAGUUGAUAAUUUUAUAUCAUUGAAAAAGAAAUAAAAUGUAUAUUUUUUAUGUUAUUGUAUUUAUGUCACAAUAUAGGUUACAAGAUCAUACAUACACAUUUUGUGCUAUUGCCCACAUUCCAAUAAACAUGUGUAUUUUAGAGCAAUAUUCUAU